CACACAAGCAACAUGAAGAUCGUCUCCGUGCUGAUGUUUCGUGCGAGAUUCAGGUGCACCGUGAGGCUUCUACUGCUGCUAUUACACUGUGUAGGAUAUUCUCAUGGGAUGCCACAUGUCUUGAGAUUUGGGGGGAUAUUCGAGUCCAUUGAAAGCGGCCCAUCGGGUGCUGAGGAACUAGCCUUUAAAUUUGCUUUAAACACAAUCAACAGGAACAGAACCCUGCUGCCAAACACCACGCUCACCUACGACAUCCAAAGGAUAAACAUCUAUGACAGCUUUGAGGCCUCCAGGAAAGCCUGUGACCAGCUUUCUCUGGGGGUGGCAGCCAUCUUCGGUCCCUCUCACAGUUCCUCCGCCAAUGCAGUCCAGUCCAUUUGCAAUGCCCUGGGGGUGCCACACAUACAGACCAAGUGGAAGCACCAGGUAUCAGACAACAGAGAUGUCUUCUAUGUCAGCCUAUAUCCAGACUUCUCCUCCCUCAGCCGGGCCAUCCUAGACCUGGUCCACUUCUUCAAAUGGAAGACAGUCACUGUGGUUUAUGAUGACAGUACUGGUCUGAUUCGGUUGCAAGAACUUAUAAAAGCGCCGUCCCGGUACAACAUCCGGUUAAAGAUUCGGCAGCUGCCUGUAGAGACCAAGGAUGCCAAGCCGCUGCUGAAGGAGAUGAAGAGGGGGAAGGAGUUCCACAUCAUCUUUGACUGUGGCCACGAAAUGGCUGCUGGGAUCCUGAAGCAGGCUCUAGCCAUGGGGAUGAUGACAGAGUAUUAUCACUAUAUCUUCACCACACUGGAUCUGUUUGCGCUGGAUGUGGAGCCAUACCGAUACAGUGGUGUGAACAUGACAGGCUUCAGGAUCCUCAACACUGAGAAUAGCCAAGUGGCCUCCAUCAUCGAGAAAUGGUCCAUGGAGCGACUGCAGGCUCCACCCAAACCUGACUCUGGUCUACUGGACGGCUUCAUGACCACGGACGCUGCGCUGAUGUAUGAUGCUGUGCACGUGGUGGCCGUGGCUGUGCAGCAGUCUCAGCAGAUCACUGUCAGCUCAUUACAGUGCAACCGACACAAGCCCUGGCGCUUCGGGAACCGCUUCAUGGCCCUCAUCAAAGAGGCCCACUGGGAUGGCCUAACCGGCAGAAUCACUUUCAAUCGUACCAAUGGCUUGAGGACAGACUUCGACCUCGAUGUCAUCAGUCUGAAGGAGGAGGGGCUCGAGAAGAUUGGUACCUGGGACCCUCCAAGUGGCCUGAACAUGACAGACAACCAGAAGGGGAAGACAACUAAUGUCUCUGAUUCCUUAUCCAAUCGAUCCCUGAUCGUCUCCACCAUACUGGAAGAGCCAUAUGUGAUGUUCAAGAAGUCUGACAAGCCACUGUACGGGAACGACCGCUUUGAGGGCUACUGUAUAGACCUGCUGAGAGAGCUGGCCAACAUCCUGGGCUUCACUUACGAAGUUCGUCUGGUGGAAGAUGGGAAAUACGGUGCCCAGGAUGAGAACACAGGCCAGUGGAAUGGGAUGGUCAAGGAGCUGAUGGACCACAGAGCUGAUCUGGCAGUGGCUCCCCUCGCCAUCACAUACGUGCGCGAGAAGGUUAUUGACUUCUCCAAGCCCUUCAUGACGCUGGGUAUAAGUAUACUGUACCGCAAGCCCAACGGGACCAACCCUGGGGUCUUCUCCUUCCUCAACCCCCUCUCGCCUGAUAUCUGGAUGUAUAUUCUGCUGGCUUACUUGGGUGUCAGUUGUGUGCUGUUUGUCAUAGCCAGGUUUAGUCCCUACGAGUGGUAUAACCCCCAUCCUUGCAACCCUGAAUCGGAUGUAGUGGAAAACAAUUUCACCCUGCUAAAUAGUUUCUGGUUCGGAGUUGGAGCUCUCAUGCAGCAAGGAUCUGAGCUCAUGCCGAAAGCCCUUUCCACCAGAAUUGUAGGAGGAAUCUGGUGGUUUUUCACACUCAUCAUCAUCUCCUCCUACACGGCAAACCUUGCAGCCUUCCUCACUGUGGAGAGGAUGGAGUCGCCCAUUGACUCUGCUGACGACCUGGCCAAGCAGACGAAGAUAGAAUAUGGGGUGGUAGAGGAUGGCUCCACCAUGACCUUCUUCAAGAAAACCAAGAUUUCCACGUAUGAUAAGAUGUGGGAGUUCAUGAGUAGUCGGAGGCACUCAGUGAUGGUGAAGAACGUUGAGGAAGGCAUUCACCGUGUGCUCACCUCGGAUUACGCAUUCCUCAUGGAGUCCACCACCAUCGAGUUCGUCACGCAGCGCAACUGCAACCUCACCCAGAUUGGAGGCCUUAUCGACUCCAAAGCGUACGGGGUUGGAACCCCAAUGGGCUCUCCAUACAGAGAUAAGAUCACUAUUGCCAUCCUGCAGCUGCAGGAGGAAGGGAAGCUGCACAUGAUGAAGGAGAAGUGGUGGAGAGGAAAUGGUUGUCCGGAGGAGGAGAGUAAGGAGGCCAGCGCCCUCGGGGUGCAGAAUAUCGGAGGGAUCUUCAUCGUCCUAGCCGCUGGACUUGUCCUCUCCGUAUUUGUGGCCGUGGGAGAGUUCCUCUACAAGUCCAAACAGAAUGCACAACUUGAAAAGCGGUCCUUCUGCAGCGCCAUGGUGGACGAGCUGCGGGUUUCCCUCAAGUGCCAGCGCCGGCUCAAACACAAGCCCCAGCCGCCCGUCUUGGUGAAAACAGAGGAGGUCAUCAACAUGCACACUUUCAACGACCGCAGACUGCCAGGGAAAGAGACCAUGGCCUAAGAUGGGAAUCUCAAUCACUUUCUCACCCUCUCUCCUGCAGUGAGGAGUUGUGCAGAGAC